AUGUUAGAAACUGAGAAAUCCAUAGAUAAUAAUAAUAAUGAAUUAAAUGAUAAUAAUAUAUCGAAAAAGUCAUACAAACUGCAGAUUGUUUGGCGCAAUGUUAUURUUAUGACUGUAUUGCAUGUGUUUGGCUUUUACGGCUGGUUUUUGGGCAUCAAAUACGGCAAAUGGCAAUCAUUUCUAUGGGCUUAUGGUAUCGCCUACUGGGCUUCGUUCGGUGUACUGGCCGGUGCCCAUCGACUAUGGACACAUCGAUCCUAUCGGGCCCACUGGUCGCUACGCUGGUGGCUAAUGAUGAUGCAGACAUUGUCGCUGCAAAACGAYAUCUAUGAAUGGGUUCGGGAUCAUCGGGUUCAUCAUCGAUACUCGGAAACCGAUGCCGACCCUCACAAUGCCCGUCGGGGAUUUUUCUUUGCCCAUAUGGGCUGGCUAUUGGUCAGGAAACACCCGGAAGUUCGGGACAAAGGUAGCCGUAUUGAUAUGWCCGAUGUAUGGGCCGAUCCUAUUGUCCGGUUUCAGCGACGAUUUUAUAUACCACUGGUAAUAAUUAUAUGGGGUAUAUUUCCGAUAGCGGUGCCGGUAUAUUUUUGGGGCGAACCUAUUAUACGGGCAAUGUUUGGCAACUUUUUUCGCUACAUAAUGAGCCUGCAUAUGGCAUGGCUGGUCAACUCGGCCGCACACUUAUCCGGGACCAGGCCAUACGAUAAACGUAUAGAGCCCCGUGAAAACAUAUGGGUUCAAUAUUUGACAAUAGGAGAGGGCUAUCAUAACUAUCAUCAUACAUAUCCCUGGGACUACUCGGCCUCUGAAUAUGGUUGGACAGAUAAUUUCAAUAUGACUACCGGUUUYAUYGAUUUGUUUGCCCGACUGGGACUGGUAUGGGAUAGGAAAAUGGUUGCCAAACAUGUUAUCAAACAACGAGCCCUGAGUACUGGUGACGGUACGGCUGGUGGUGAUGGACCACCAAAACAUAGACUACUAUACUUUUUAUUAGGUCUAAUAGUUAUUACUUGGCCACUAUGGUUGUCCUAUAUUUUUGUUUGCCUUAUUAGAUAG